CUAUCUUUGGUUUUCCCUUGGUUACCCUCACAAAAAUUUUCCUCUGUUUAAUAAAUCUUAUAAAUAAUACCCUCCAAUAUCGUUUCAGGUCAUUUGGCUGCGAGAUUGAUGCUUCUUGUCUUUGAGAAUCUGGAACUCUUUUGAGAUUAUUGUCGAUCCUAUGGAAAACCAUGACAUGAUGAUUGGUCAAAGGCCAGACAUACCUUGGCAGAAUCAUAAUUUGGAAUUGGGUCAAACCCUUAAGCAUGAAAUCGAAUUGGGAGAUAAUGGCAGUCGUCGCAUAAGUUUGGCAGCCGAGUUGGGAGAAAAUGGCAGUCGUCGCAUAAGUUUGGCACAUCACCAUGAUCUUCUUUUAGACCAUGAGAUGACGACAAUGCCACAUUCACAUCAUCAUCAUGGUAAUGGAGAUGAAACCGAGUUUGAUGAUAGAAAUCAACAUGAGAACAGAUACGAUGAUGGCAAUGCAGGCAAUGAUGAUGAUGUGGAUCAUCAUGUUGGUCAACAGUCGGUCAACAAUCCCGAAACUCAGAUGGUUCUUUCUGAUGAAUGUCAUGAGAUGGGUUUAUCGAAUGGUCAUGAUCUUGUCACGCACAAUAACUCUGAUAUGGGUUUGCCACCUGUGCCUCUAUCUUUUCAGAGGCCUGAGUUUGUGCUAACACCUCAAGUUAUUCAAACCCGAACCGCUCCUGCUCCAAACUAUGAAUUAACGGUAGGCCAAGAGUUUCCUGAUGUUGCCAGCUGUCGUAGGGCAUUGAGGCACACAGCAAUUGCUUUACAUUUUGAGAUACAAACAGUUAAAUCUGACAAAACACGCUUUACUGCCAAAUGUGCAAGUGAAGGCUGCCCAUGGAGAAUACACGCUGCUAAACUACCUGGUGUACCUACUUUUACAAUCAGAACCAUCCACUCAGAACACAAUUGUGGUGGAAUCGCUCAUCUUGGCCAUCAACAAGCAUCGGUUGAUUGGGUUGCAAAUACCGUUGAACAACGCCUUAAAGAAAACCCACAAUGCAAACCAAAGGAGAUUCUAGAGGAAAUUCAUCGGGCCCAUGGAAUUACAUUAUCAUACAAACAAGCAUGGAGAGGCAAAGAACGGAUAAUGGCAGCUCUACGUGGAUCAUUUGAAGAAGAUUACCGUCUUUUACCACAGUAUUGUGAGCAAGUUAGACGUACAAAUCCUGAUAGUAUCGCUUCGGUUUAUGUGAAUCCUGCAGAUAACUGUUUCCAGCGUCUUUUUAUCUCGUUUCAAGCUUCCAUUUAUGGGUUUUUGAAUGCGUGUAGACCGCUUCUCGGCCUUGAUAGAACCGUUUUGAAGAGUAAGUAUCUCGGGACGUUACUUUUUGCUACAGGUUUUGAUGGCGAUGCUGCAUUGUUUCCUUUAGCAUUUGGUGUUGUUGAUGAGGAAAAUGAAGAGAAUUGGAUGUGGUUUCUUUCUGAGCUCCAUAACUUGUUAGAGCUUAACACUGAGAACAUGCCAAGACUCACAAUAUUAUCUGAUAGACAGAAAAAUAUCGUUGAGGGAGUGGAAGCCAAUUUUCCAACAGCUUUCCAUGGCUUCUGUAUGCGCCACCUCAGCGAGAGUUUCCGAAAGGAGUUCAACAACACUAUGCUUGUAAACCAUCUUUGGGAUGCAGCAAAUGCCCUUACCGUCAUGGAGUUUGAAUCGAAAAUACUUGAAAUCGAGGAGAUAUCACAAGAAGCCGCUUAUUGGAUUCGACGCGUUCCUCCACGUUUAUGGGCUACGGCUUAUUUUGAAGGGACUCGCUUCGGUCAGUUAACAGCUAACAUAAUUGAGUCAUUAAACGUUUGGAUUCUUGAAGCUUCUGGGCUCCCAAUAAUACAGAUGAUGGAGUGUAUUCGUAGGCAGUUAAUGAUGUGGUUCAAUGAGAGACGUGAAACCAGUAUGCAAUGGACUUCGAUCCUUGUUCCUACUGCUGAGAGACUUGUGUCAGAAGCUAUUGAUCGUGCACGAACUUAUCAAGUGCUUAGAGCAAAUGAAGCCGAAUUUGAAGUUAUUUCACACGAAGGAACUAAUAUUGUUGACAUUAGAAACCGUCGGUGUUUAUGUAGGGGAUGGCAGCUCAACGGGCUUCCAUGUGCUCAUGCUGUGGCAGCUCUUCUUUCAUGUAGACAAAACGUUCAUCGGUUUACCGAGAGUUGUUUUACAGUGGCAAUGUAUAGGAAAGCAUAUUCUCAAACAAUACAUCCCGUUCCUGAUAAGACACUAUGGAAGGAAAUGACGGAUUUAGCCUCGUUAGGCGAGGGAAAUAAUGUUAUGGAUAUCGUUAUCAACCCACCAAAGUCUAUCAGACCUCCAGGAAGGCCAAGAAAGAGGAGGGUUCGGUCCGAAGAUCGGGGUCCCGUAAAACGGAUUGUGCAUUGUAGUCGUUGUAACCAGACCGGGCAUUUUAGAACUACCUGCUCUGCUCCGAUAUGACGUGGGAGCCGAUACUUUAAAUCAACUAGUUAAGUCCUAAUCGGACAAGUUUAAGUAAAACUCGACAAGAUCAAGUGACGCAUGGCUGAAGUUUUUUCCCUGUGGUUCGUGGUCAGUUUCAGGAAAAGGCUGAGUUUUGAAUAAAGAUUGUUUACGCUUUAAUAAACUAAUUAGUGUAUAUUGUAAUAGGUUGCAUCAUAUAAAUGAGACUUCUUUAAUAUGGCCUCAGAUCCUUCGGAUUGUUUGAAUAUACAUUUAUGUAUUAUUUUUAUAUUAUGUAUACAUGUUGAACAGACAUUUUGAUCACAAAGUUGAUCAUAUUCCCUAACA